AUGAAGGCUGACUUGCUAAUUGGGCUUCCAGUAUCAGAAAAAAUUGAUCAGCUUGUUUUAAAAAAGAUUGAAAAUUAUAAAAAGGAAAGUUUAGAGAAUGGUGUAGAGUUUAAGGGAAAGAAAAAACUGUAUGUAAUAUAUUCCAAAAAUGUGGUAGCAUAUUCUUAUUUAUAUAUAUUAUUAAAAAAAAGUAUAUACUUAAAAUUGGAUAUAAUUUUUAUACUAGUAAAAGUAGAUAAGAAAUAUUCUCAAGAAAAAUUAAUUAAUUUAAUAAAAAAAAUUAAUAAAAAAAAAGGAAAUAACACAUCAAUCUUAAUUUUAUCACCCUUAAGUUUUCAUAUAAACAAGUUUUAUGUAUCAAAAUUUAUUAACGAAAAAAAAGAUAUUGAUGCUUCUAAUAAUAAUACAAUAUUUAAAGUAUUAAACAUUAAGAAAUCAUUAUUACAAUUUUUUGGAUUAGACACAAAUUUUACAAAUAAGAAUGAAAAGAAUGUAAAUUUGGUUAGUAUAUAUACUUAUAUUCCUCAUUGUAAAAAGAGACACACCAUUUAUGAUAGUUAUACAAAUGAAGAGCAAAUAAUUGAUGUUAGAAAUGCAGACAAUCAAUGUGUAUACCCACAAUGCUUCAUAUCAAUGGUACAUAUUCAAAAUUUUAUAUAUUUGAUACAAUUGUUUUUUUCACUAUUUCAAUCACUAUUAUUUAAUUAUUACCUAUUUAUUAUAAUAAAUAUAAAACACGCUUUAAUAUGCUGUAUUAAAAAUGUAUUGACAAAUAAUUGUCAAGAGAUAUAUAAAAAAGGGAAAGUAGAAGACAACAAUACACAUAUUAAAAAAGUAAUAGUUAAAUCUACAAAUUAUUAUAGAGACAAUUCCAGUAAUUGGUGUAUUAAAAAGUCUUUGAAAAAAGUAUCAAACAGUAUGGAUACCGAAAUUUAUAACUAUUUAAAUGAGUUUACUAAGUAUAAUAUACCUUGUUGUGUUCACUCCAUUAUUUUAUUUAUUAAAUAUUACAAUAUUAAGAUAGAAAAUAAAAAGAUAUUAAUUCUUAAUAAUAAUAUAAAUAUAUUUUUAACAUUAUUUUAUUUUUUUUAUAAAAUUGGAAUAUCUACAACAGUUUAUGAUGCAGUCAACGGAUAUACUAUUUGUAGAUAUAACAAAGACGCAAAAAAGAAAAACAAGCAAAUUUAUUUUUUUAUGAAAAUGGACAAAAAAAAAAAAAAAAAAUUAUAUGUUCAUGAUGAAAAUGAUUUUAAAAAUAAAAUUCUUAAAUUUAUAAAUAAUUAUAUAUAUAAUAUAAAUAAGCAUAUACAGAGUAACAAAAAAUAUUCUAUCAUCAAAAAUAAUUUGAAAAAAAAUAUUAUAAAAAAUUCCGAUAUUAUAAUAAUUGGUAUUGGAUAUUUUAAUAUUUUAAAGAAAAAACAUAUAAAAAAAAAUGCCAUAAUUUUAGAUCUAGGUAUCAAUUUAAUAUCUACAAGUCUUAUAAAAAAAAAAGAAAAAAAAAAAUUAUGUGUUUCUAGCAAAGUUGAAAACGAGAUCCAAGGAACAAAUGAAAGUACAAACCCGAUUAAACCAUCUUGUUUAUGUGAAAGAAAAUGUUUUAGUAUCAAAUAUAGAAAGAAAAGGGUGUAUGAGCAAAGGAAAGUUCAAAACAAAAGAAAAUGUAGAAAUAUAAAUAGAGGGUCUUUUAAAAAGACCGAUAUAUGCAAUGAUAGUAGUAGUAAUAAAAAUGUGUGUAGAAAGGAAGAGGUUAAAAAUAGAUAUAAUAAAAUAUUAUUAAAAAAUGAUAAAUUAAAACUUGAGUUUGCCAAUAAAUUAUCAAAAUUUUUUAAAAAUUAUGAAAUAUUUGGAGAUGUAGAUUUAAAUUGCAAAAAAAAAUCUUCAUAUAUUUCGGCUGUUCCUGGUGGAAUUGGCCCUAUUACAACUUCUAUGUUAUUUUAUAAUUUAUAUUUUAAAAAAAAUACUUAA